AUGUCUUCCACGAAAUCUACUUCUUCUUGGAUGUCAUGGACAACUGAUGAUUUAGUGAUGCGACGUUUCCAAGUUUUACCUGAAUUGUUGAUAGUUGGCUACCUUCAAAGCUUGUUCAUUAGUUUGAAAGGCAAAAUUUUCAAAUCAAAAAAUGAUGAGGAGGAAGAGGAUGAUGGUCACAGUAAAGGUCGCGGUGAUGCUGUUGGCGAUGCAGUUGAAAUAGCUAAAAAGAUAUUAAAAAACUGCUUGGAUGUAAUUUCCAGCAUAAAAGUUUGCCUGGAUUACUUGAUAGCUAAAGAUAAGAAAAUAAAAUUCAUCUAUAUUAGAUCUUUGCUCAGCUGUGUUCUCAACGUCAUUCAAUCCUCUUACAUUCAUUGUAAAGAAAGCAGAGGAAUAUAUGGAGAUUGCAUGGAACUUGUAUCAAAUGAAUUGUCUACAUUAUUUAAAACUAUAAAUGAACUUGCUCGUGUUUGCGGCAUUGUAUCGAGUCUAGAUCGAAAUGCUACCGUAAAUCUCUGGAAGUUUAUCGUCAGCGUUUCUUGCUCAGAAAAGCACUCUUACAAGCUGACAGCCCUUAGAUUUGGUUACAUUGUAAAUGUUCUCUGCAAUGAUAUCAAGAGUUUCGCCCGUGAAGUCGCUUCCACUGAUAAAACACCACAGUUUGAUGGGAAGCUGGUGAAGUUCAUAUCGUUCGAGAUGCGGUCACUGGUGAUGAUGAUUACUGAAUGUAACAACAAUAAUUACAACGAUGAAAAUAACAAAAAUGAUGAUGAAGAUGGCGAUGAUGGCCCUAUUAAAGAGCCGAUGAAAAAUGUCCUUGAUCUGAUUAGCUCCAUCAUAGUGUCAACCCACUUACUGAUCGGACGAGCAAAUGAUGGCAAGUUAUUUCGGGAGCAGGUGACAGUUGCAGUUGAACCACUGAUCUCAUACCUCGGAAAGGAUUCAAAAUUCGCCGACCUCAUCAUCAACAGCAACAACAACAAUGUUUCCGACUGCCAUGAUGAUGAUGAUGGUGAUGAAAGUGGUGGUGAUAAUGAUGAUGAUGGUCACGAGAUCUUCGGCCGCCUGAUUAUAAUUUUAAUGAUGAUGAGAUCCUACUCCUCGUCGCCAGAUUGGCUGGCUGAGAAUUCAAACGGGCCAAUAGCAGAGAGGAUCAUUUCUAGAUUUUUUUCUCGCUUCAAAAAAUGCCAAAUCUACAUGGAUUUCCCAAUGAAAUUGGGUCACAGUCCUAACUCUGAUCGACCAAUGGGGUAUAUGAGCCUGUAUGAAUAUUCAUUGAGUACCGUCGUUACUUUCAUAGCCAGCUUACAGUGCAAUGUUCUAAAGUAUCUCGAAGUGAUCUUGUUGGGAAAUGUUCUAGAUUAUAAGCACGUAUACAAUGCCAUGUUAGCUAUGGAUAUUUGGUGCUAUAUAAAUAGAUUCAGCCCAGCGGAGGUUUGUUGCAAGCAAUUCUCUACAUUGUUGGAUUUAUUGAAAAGAAUGCUCACCAUCAAUAAUAAUAACAAUGAAAAUGAUGAUGAUGAUUGCGUUUGUGGUGUUGAUGAUGAUGAUGGAAAGGGGUUUGAUGAAGAGGUUGAUGAUUAUGACAGACAAUUGGUCAGUUUGAGGUUAUUAAUAAAAAGGCUGUUCCGCAUUUUACCAGGCAACUUUCAGAUGUCUUGUAUGAAAAACUAUUCUGAAAUUCUGCUGCCUUUCGUGCAAAUGCCACUGAAGCCAGAGUUGAACGAUUUGGCUUUGAGGAAUUAUUCGAUCUUCUGUAGUGAAGUUGAAAAAUGGGUUCUGAUUGGGACCAAUUGCGAUAAUAAUAAUAAAAAUAAUAACAAUAAUAAAAAUGUCAGAAGUGUUUUGAAGAUACCCCAGUUGAACGCACUGUUAUGCAACCUUAUGUCAGUUAUAUCUGUGUCUACAAAAAAACAAAAUAAAAUGAGAAUUAGGCUAAUGUCGGCCAUCUUUAAUGUUAUCUCAGAAGUAUUUACUAUCUUUGGAGAAGGAAAUAAUAAUAAUAAUGCGGGUAGUAGUAGUAGUAAUGCUGGUAGUAGUAGUUUUGGUAUUACAAAUGCAGAAUAUGAAUAUGAAGAUGUUGUUCUGAAGAUAUUAAAGAUGGCUGCCACACAUCUUAGAGUAUCAUCAUCAUCAUCGUUAUCAACUUCGUCGUCGUCAUCAUCAUCAUCGCGAUUACUCCAACAACAUAUUAAGUUACAUAGUGAGGUACUAUUGGUUAUCAGAUCUUUAGCCCUAUACCAGUUCAAGACACCGCGGUUAAUCUCGAUGACGUCAUUCCUAAUCAAAACCUGCCUAACUUGCUCGGUGGCAUCUUACGAUCCUCUACCGGAACAGCUGGCCAUGGAAGCGUUUGCGCAUUUUGCUCGAAAGACUAAAAACGUCGACCUCAUCAGGCAGUGCGUUCGUGAUGAUGGUGCCAGUUGCGGGGACGGUUUUAAUGGCAGUGAUGGGCUUGUUAUGUUUAUUAAGAAGCUGAACAACAAGAAUGAUGCUGAUGACGACGACGAAGAUGGGCCAAUAAAAGUUCUUACGUUCAAUAUGAAACGCUUGAAAGAGAAGAAAAAAGGUGAUGGUAAACUGAGAGAUGGUGAUGACGAGAGAGAGAUUAUCAAGGAAGAUGAUGAGGAUGAUGAAGACGACGAUGAUGGCGCAAAAAUUCACGGAGACGAUGAUGAUUGUGGUAGUGGUAGUGCAAAGACUACGAUGAUGAUGAUGAUGACGGAGGAAUGCCAAACUGAUGAUGACGUCAUUCAUCUUCCCGUCACAAUGAAUAUUCUCGAUAAUGAUAGCGAUAAGAAAAAUAACAAUAAUAAUAAUCUGAAUAAUCAUAAUAAUAGCGGCGGUAAUGAUUAUAAAGACGGUGACGAAAGAAGAAAAGUAGUGGAUAAGUUUUUCUCAAAUAUUGAGAAGUCGUUGGUGGCCGUCGAAAGUUUAAUUGGCGAUGGUUAUAAGUUGAACUCUGACCAGAGGUCAUACCUGGCCUCUCUUAGUAAAACUAUUUCUAAAAUGUAAUCUCAUUAAAUGUUGUUGUUUAUAUUAAUUAUUUAUUUGUUUAUAUCUUGUUUAUUCGUUUCGUACUUUUUCCACCUCGUUUCUUCACCACUGUUAAUAUCAUUUUGUUCUGAUUAAUUUUAUUACUGUAAUCGUUGAUAAUGGCGUCAGACUUUGUUCU